AUGGAAAAUCCCACAAUAUGCUCUCUAGCAUUUCCAUAUAGGAUUGCAGAGAAUAGCAAAACUCAAUUGUCCACCCUCAUUCUCACCAAUGACGACGAUUCGUGUCGGUAUUCCUUACGCAUUAAAGAUGGAAGAUGCAACGGCAUUGAUAGGUACUAUACUGACUCGAAACAACCAUUAGAGGGCCGUCUAAAUUUUGUCAGUAAUCUCUCGGAGGCCAAUCCGCUUCUAUUGAGUGUUGCUCCCGAGUUCCAUAAGUUAAAGCUACAGUUGAAGGUAUCCCAGACAACACAAGACAGAGACAACUUCCUUAUUAUACUAAAAACUCAAGGCGACGACACCGACCGGGCUGUUUUGGAAGAAUACCUACUUCUGGAUGAAUAUGGAGUUAGAAAUAGGGAUGUCUCGAAAAUCUCUUUGGCCAAAUUCAUCCUGAGUGAUGCUCCAGAGACAGUGGUUGUCAAUGAUACCUUUGACAGUAAAGGUCUAUCAGGCAAGCAGCUCAAUGUCUCUUUGUGGGAACAAAGUGCUCAGGGAUUUCAGCAAUUGUUCACGUUUCAACUAUGGAUAGAGGAAUCGUUAAGCAGCCUGACCUCGACACCUAAGUUGACUGUACAGCCGGAGUUCAAAACCGAAGUAUCAGAGACCCCAACAUCAACAUUCACCUUGGCUGAGCUUCGAAAAGCAUAUAAUUUCAACAUAGACGAUGGUCCUGAGUUCCGCUCAGUGCUAAAUAAGUAUGAGGUGCUGAUGCCAAGGUUAAAGAAGACUUUGACCUCGAUCCAGGAUGAAGCUCGAAUAAUGGAGGCCAGCCUUCGCAGAAUAAUGUCUUCGCAAUCAAAAAUCAUUGAACUCUUGGACUCAACUAUUCAUAUGCAAUUUAAUCCCUUAUUGCGGAAACUCAGAGUAACCAAACGUCUCGCACGACAGUUUAACUUGAUGUUUGCACCUAUAGAAAAAAAUGUGGGAAUGCUCUUAAAGAAAGUUCUCAACAUUUCCACUCUACUGAAGACUCUUGGCUACUUCAACAAGGUUCUCCCAAGCGAAGGUGAGCUGUCCAGCAAGAAGACAUUCGAAAGAAAUUCGAAAGAGUACUAUGAGUGGCUCAAUAAGUAUUUAUCGAACGAGAAGGAUAGGCCACAGCUGAAAUUAUUGCUCAAGAGAAAGGCAUUUGAACUCUCGAAGUUAGACUACUUGAGCGCAUUGAACUCUGCCACUAACAAUCAGUACUUUAACCAACAUUUGGAGAACAUCUUGAAGUUCUGCAACCUUAAGGUUGAAAAUAACGGUGUUUUCGAUUUUCAAACUUACAAUGACACAAAGUCCAGUCAAAAUUUAUUAAGCGACGAUGAUAAACUUUUCCUUAAUAGUUUGUCUCGAUUCAAUAGUGAGAAGUUGCAGCUUCGUCAGUUGAUUGAGUCUUCUCGCACGAACGAGGAGUUAACAAAUUUGAUCAAAAAUAACUCACUAACUUAUGUCAAAACAGAUGACAGUGGUCUUUCUCAUCCUGGAGAUAGGGAACUUCCCACUUCUGACAAAACAGCCAUCACGCUUGACUUGGUAUUUCCUAAUUCAACACAAAGUACAACUAAUAAUCUAGAGGAAAUGGGACAAAUGUCUGGAAUACUUUAUGCUCUUGGGGGGAAGGGAAAGCCCGGCUGGCAUAAGGAGUGGGUAGUCUUACGUGAUGGACAAUUGAUGGAGUUUUCUGAUUGGCGAAAAGGAAGACUGCCAAUCAACAAGCCUAUUGACAUUGCUUUGUCCAAUAUUAAAGCUACUAAGUAUGAAAAGAGACAGUUCUGUUUUGAGAUCGUCACCUCGCAGAAUCAAAAGCACGUUUUUCAGGCAUUGGACAAUGACGAAAGGAACAAGUGGAUGAAAUCACUCUAUAAUGCUGGACAGGUCACUCUGAAACUCAUCAAUAAGAGCAAUGCCCAUCCAAAAAAGCUUAAAACACUGUACAAGCCGCUGACCCCGCAGGUUUUGUCACCCACUGAGUUAGACCGACCCGGUUCACCUGUUUCUAUCAUUUCCACUGCUCACAAUUCUGGCUCCAAUGUGGACUGCUUGGAAUUGGUGCGAUCAAUAGAAGGUGCCGGUAAUAGCGUUUGCGCAGACUGUGGUUCAAUGGAUUCUGUGGAGUGGAUUUCCAGCAAUAUCCUUGUUGCGGUGUGCGUUCAAUGCUCGUCAUGUCAUAGACACAUGGGCUCGCAUGUCUCCAAGAUUCGCUCACUCAAGUUGGAUAAUUUCACCGCAGAAGGUCUUGUGUUACUUGAGUAUGUCAAUAACAGCCUGGUGAACAGCUACCUUCAGGAUACUAAGGAAACAAUUGCAUCAGAUAGUAAUGACGAAGAUCGUCUAUCGUUCAUCAAGCAAAAAUAUAUUCAGAGGGCCUUCAUGGAACCCAUAGCUGAUAUAAAUUCACUACUUGUUCAAUCAGUGCGGAAAGUUGAUAUUUUUGGAGUGAUCAAGAGUCUCAAUUGUGGAGCAGACCCCAACUUGCGUCUUCAAGUGGGAUCUUCAACUCACGAAAUUGAACCUAGCAUUAUCUCUUUAUUUGAAUAUUCGCUACGGAAAGCAGUGAAGGUGGAUGCCACGGGGGACUCUUCUAAGGACUACUUCGUUAUUUCAGAGUUACUCCUCCUCCAUGGGUGCAAUAUUCAGAACAUCCUAACAUUGAACCCUGCCUUCAGAUUCUCGGAGGAAGCACAGGAAUACUGGGAAAGAAAAAAGCUGCGGGUUUCGUAA